GUGUCAAAAAUAAGGAUAGCAACUGAAACGUUUUCUACCAGAUGUCUCGUUUUAAAUACGAGGGGGAAAAGGACCUUCAAGAAAUAUCAAAGGUUGCAGUCGACGCACCUGCUCGCUAGGAGAAUCAACUCGUCCUCGCACAGUGUAAUUAUUAUGGGCUAUGGCAGUCAGAAGAGCUUUUUACAUUUUUGUGGUUUUGAUUUUCUGUGAUCGUGCCCAUUCCGAUUGCACAAAUAGAUCAGUUCCAUCUGGCCCACUUUACUUCGGAACAACUGAAAAUACAAGUACUGAAAAUUGUGGGGUUGUGGAGAACAAAUUGCAAUUUGUAUCCAGCUUUCCGUGGGAUGUCGUGGUCUUCUUUAAAGAGGACCUUUGUAUAGCACCCGGCGUGGUUGUUUCACAAAGAGCUGUUCUGCAUGGCACUACUUCGUGCAAAUAUUCAUCUGGCGUCACCGUUUAUCUAGCAGGCAUAAAAACAGAUUAUAGAAACGCACCAAGUGUCUACGUCAACGUUAGCCACAUUUUCGCUCAAGAUAAUUAUUCAGUUAUUACGUUUCCUGCUGAUUUGAACAGUUUUGAAGACAAAAUCAAGCCAGUGUGUCUAUACAAUUUUGAGGAAGAGCCUAGAGAGGCCUUCUACGUCUCAUAUCUGAAUUCUGAUACAGAGGACGACGAAGUAGUGGCUGCAAAAUUCUACCCCCAAAAUAUUUCACACUGCAAUGCACUAAUUAAAACUAAGGAGCAUCGAGAUACUUUCAACUCUACCAACAUUAUUUGUGUCACUCCUGCUGAUCGAAUGCCGCUAUUUUCAACAGACGAAUUGCUCUACAUGAAAGUUAAUUCUCGGUUUUAUUUACGAGGGCAAUUUCUGGACGUUUUCAAUUCUCACCAUCAUUCUCCAGUCGCCAUCAAUCUUGCAGAUGAGACCGCAUACAUCGUAAGCGUGGUUUCUGAUUUGUACUCCUUGGAUCCAGAGCCUGAACCACUGCCACCUCCAAAAUUCCAUGGAGAUGAGAACUUAAGUUUCCCACAUUGUGGUAGAAAACCUGUUAUCACCACUCAACUGAUUGUCAGUGGAGAUCCUGUGUACAGAAUUAGCUCGCACCCUUGGCAUGCUUUCGUGGGUACCAAUUACUAUGACCAUCAAAAUUUUCAGCAACAGGAUCUUUGCGGCGGAACAUUGAUUUCCGAUAGAGCAAUCGUCACAGCGGCACACUGCCUGGUAGCAAAAGGAAUAACAGUCACUACUCUUGACAAGUUUGAAGUUGAGGUUGCAAUGGGAGUUUUUAAUAGGUCACUUCCUACGUCAAAUGAAAGUUCGAGACAAAUAAGAAAGGUGAAGCAAAUUUUUAUCCACGAAAAGUACAAUGCGGAACAAAAGGAGCUCAAUGACAUUGCUUUGAUUGUCGUUGAAUCGCCCUUUGACACAUCCACAGAACACGUGAAGCCCGCUUGCUUGUGGAAUCGGAAUUCAUCCAUCAGUACUGUUGCUGGGUCACUCGGAACUGUUGUUGGCUGGGGAUACACGGAGUCAUUUGAAACGUCGGCAGCUUUGAUCAUGGCGGAAAUCCCAAUUAUUCACCACAAAGAGUGUUUUAAAGCCAAUAGGAUGUUCUAUCAAGAUAAACUGUCUUAUUGUAGCAAUUUUUGUGCUGGAAUUAUAAAUGGAACAAGCGUUUGCAACGGAGAUAGUGGAGGCGGCUUGAUCACCUUUAACCAAAACCUUCGCAGAUUUUUCCUGAGAGGCAUCGUCAGUUCCGCCAAGAGUAAAAGACUGAACAACGGAUCAAAGGAUGUUUGUGACCACUCGGCGUACGCUCUGUUCACUGACGUUGCGCAAUAUGUCAACUGGAUUUUAGAGAAAUUGCCGGAGCUGAGGGCCAAUGCAACCCAAACGGGAUAGAUUUUUUUUCUGUGGGAUAGAAACAUUUUUUUAACCAAUAUAUUCAUUUUUACAGCAAAAUUAAAGAAACAUUAUUUAAGAAAAAGAUAAAAAAAAUUCUUUCAAAUGAGACAAAAU